GGAGGUUAGUUGCUAGAUUCUGCCCUGCGACCAGGUCUCGCAAAGGUUAGUGAGGAAGAAAAGCCGGUCCCGAGCCGAGGAGGGGGAGAGAGACAGAGAGCAAUGGGGAUCCGAUUCGUACUGCUGGUAAACAAGCAAGGGCAAACCCGGCUGGCCCAAUACUACGAGUACCUCACCCUCGAAGAGCGCCGCGCCCUCGAGGGCGAGAUCGUCCGCAAAUGCCUCGCCCGCACCGAGCAACAGUGUUCUUUUGUUGAGCAUCGAAACUACAAAAUUGUGUAUAGGCGAUAUGCAUCACUUUUCUUCUUAGUGGGGGUUGACAAUGAUGAGAAUGAGCUAGCAAUCCUAGAAUUCAUACAUCUAUUAGUCGAAACUAUGGACCGCCAUUUUGGAAAUGUGUGUGAGCUUGAUAUCAUGUUCCAUCUUGAGAAGGCACACUUCAUGCUGGAGGAGAUGGUAAUGAAUGGGUGCGUCAUCGAAACGAACAAGACAAUUAUUUUGACGCCAAUUCACCUCAUGGACAGGGCUUCAUAGUUCUUUGGAUGUUGGUUCUCGCACGUAGCAUUGAUCUGAUGAAAUCAAGUUUAUGUUGGACUUAUCUGUGGUUUUGCUUUUUUCUUACAUUUGUUUAAGUCUGGAAAUAUAUCAGCAGAUGAUGAAACCGUCUCGGAGUAAUUGAUUGCAUGAAUGUCUGAGAGCAAAUCAUUGUCGAAA